AUGUAUCGCGGCCUCGGAAAACUCGUCACGCGCUUUCCCAUCUUCACGAUCGGGGCUUGGUUGACUGUGGCUAUUCUGGCAAUUGGUCUCGCUCCUGAUUCACAUGGAAUUUGGCAAGAAGGGGAGCUGGCCUUCCUUCCCGAAGAAGCGAUGAGCAGCCAGGCCAACCAACUCUUUCGGGAUGCGUUCCCCCCAACAGAUGGGAGACGCUUUGGUGAUGACUCGGUCGGAUCUUCGGUUCAACGUGAUCCCCUCGGCAGUAAUGUUGUUGUCGUUCUGUUUCGAGAAAACAGACCAGAAGGACUCGCUGAGGAAGAUCGGGAAUUUAUCCGCAAGGAGUUGGUCCCUGGUCUGGAAGCGAUUCGGGAAUCGACUCCCCCAGGUUACGAACUGAUCGAAGGAGAAACUUUUCAGGAAAUCCCUGCCAGUGAGAGAUUAGGAACAUCGAUUUCGACUCCGGAUGACAGAAGAAUCGGUUCGUUGUUGAUCAGCCCUGACGAACGGGCCGCCCUGGUUGUGCUGGAAUUGAAAACUGAGUUCCUGGACAGGCAAAACGGCCUCAUCGUAGACCGCAUCGAGGAGUUCCUGCAGUCUCCUGAACUGUUGCAAGAAAAGCCGAUCGGUCUCGCAAUGGCAGUUAGCGGGUCUGCGACUGUGGGGCGCGAUAUCUUGCGAGCAGAGUCUGAUAGCGCGAAACGAACUGAAAUGAUGACCAAGUUUCUGGUCAUCACUCUCCUGUUUUUAAUCUACCGCGCUCCAUUACUGGCACUUGUGCCUCUGAUCACCGUUGGUGUUUCGGUCGAGUUUACACUCGCUCUGCUGACGCAUUUAGCAAACCAGGGAAUCAUCGGGCUCUUUAAUGGUCUCGAAAUCUACGUAACGGUUGUCGUCUAUGGGGCCGGAGUCGAUUACUGCCUGUUCCUCAUUGCUCGCUACAAAGAAGAACUUGAUGCAGGCAAUUCAUUUGGUGAAUCUGUCGCGCGCUCGAUUCGCAAAGUCGGAGCUGCUCUGGCAACGAGUGCCGGGACUAGUAUUUUCGGCAUCGGCAUGAUGGCCUUCGCUGAGUUUGGCAAGUUUCGACAAGCUGGCAUUGCUAUCUCCAUCGGCCUGUUUGUCGCUGUCUGCUUUGCCAUCACCUUUACUCCAGCGAUGUUGUUGCUGCUUAAGAACAUCGCCUUCUGGCCGAACAUUCCUUCUGAAAAACCGAAGGGGGAGAGUGGGUGGCUUCCGGCGCAAACCAUUUGGAAGAAAAUUAACGAACAGAAAUGGCUCGAACUGUUUUGGAGCCACGCUGCUGGGAUGCUCAAGAAAUCACCUGGAACGAUCUUCUUAACGACGAUUCUGCUGAUGGUCCCCAUUGCCAUCUAUGGAUUCGUGAAACAGGGUGAUCUCAGCUAUGGCCUACUGACGGACCUCCCGAGCGAUGUCACCAGUGUGGAAGGUGCCGCGGCCAUCAAAAAGCAUUUCCCAGCAGGGAUCUCUGGCCCUUCAACAAUCCUUGUCAAAUUCAAUCGUGAGGAGUUACAACAGAAGUAUGAGGGUGACGAUCUGACCGAUGCCUCAACCUCGGAGAAGCUCAGUGAAGAGAUGACUGAACGGAUUGAAGAUGCACUGCAGCGCUUCAACAACUUGGAGUUUCGAAUCGUUGACAUUCGCAAUCAGGAAAAUCCUCUCGGAACAAAUACUAAGGCACAAGAAUACCUGGCAUCGCUUAAAUUAAGAGAGCGUGGGGCUCUGCGAUUAUUUAAGCAAAAAACAUACAACAGCACGCAAGGUCCCCUGGCUGGACAAGUCAUGCGUAUUGACUUCGUCUUUAGCACAGACCCCUUUGAUCGUAUCUCGAUUCGUAAGCUCGGAGACAUCGAAAGAAUCGUUCAGGAAGCAAUCCCCGGUGACCUGCAAGAGUCGGCCGAAAUCUACACACUGGGGCCGACAUCUGGGAUUCGUGAUCUAAAGCAAUCAACCGACCGCGAUCGCCUGAGAAUAGAUAUUCUGGUGGUGGUCGCUGUCUACUUGAUGUUGGUCGCUCUGCUAAGACAUCCGGCAAUCUGUGCAUACCUCAUUAUCACGGUCGUCUUCAGCUAUCUGGUGGCCCUGGGGAUGACAUUUAUCGUCUUCUACUUGCGUGACCCUGCUAACUUCACAGGCAUCGACUGGAAGGUCCCGAUUUAUCUUUUCACUAUUUUGAUCGCGAUGGGAGAAGACUACAACAUCCUGUUGAUGGCACGUAUAUUCGAAGAACAAAAACGUCAUGGUCCGGUCGAUGGAAUCCUCGUUGCUCUCAAACGGACAGGCGGCAUCAUUUCCAGCUGUGGUCUCAUCAUGGCCGGCACCUUCGCGACUCUGAUGAGUGGUACUUUGCUGGGGAUGGUCCAGCUCGGCUUUGCCCUUGCGUCUAACCAACCAGCCACCAAUCUGUACAAAAGCCAGAACUUCCGGGUUGUCACGGACCUCCCCAAAGCGGACGCCGAAGAGUUGUUAGUUGACCUGGAAAAAAUGCUCAAACUGGUCGUUCAAUAUUGGGGACGCCGCAAUCGCAUGCCGAUUCGCAUGUUCGUCUUCGACGACUUUGCGAAUUGGUCGCCAGAGCAACUCUCUCAAAUGGAUGCAGCUGGAGUCGAUUCCGCCCGGACUGGUGGUGGAUUAACCAUCACCCGCGUGCUAGGCGUUGUUGGAGGCCCGAAACUCGACUCCGAAGCGAUUGUCUAUGCAACUUCAAAACGAAAAACUCCUCAACACGAGGCGAUCCAUGCCUACUGCGGGAUCAACUUCGGCUGCACAGGUCCGGUCUGGUAUUCAGAAGGAAUGGCUGAGGUCGGAAAAUACUUUCAAGCAGGAGAACGAGGAGUCAACGCCAGCGACUAUGUCAUUGAAUACCUGCAAUCACAAACUCCGAAGCCACUGAGUGAUAUCGUCAACAAUCCCCUGGAGCGGACCGGCGAUUCAUGGCAGAACUACGCCUGGAGGUGGGUCAUUUGCCAUAUGUUAGGGGCGAACAGUAACUAUGCAGCGAGAUUCAAGCCGCUCGGGCUCGCUUUGCUGGCUGACAAGAACGUCAGCUUUGCCCAGGUCUACGGAACGCAAGCAGAGGAAAUUGAAUUUGAGUACAAACUCUUUCUGAAAGACAUGGAACCAGGCUAUCGCUGCGAUCUGUGCAGCUGGGACUGGAAAGCGAAAUUCCGUGUGAUCAAUAAUAACUACAAAUCAUUUGCACGUAUUCAAGCCAACAAAGGUUGGCAGGCAUCCCGAGGCAAAGUCGCCACUGAGAACAGAUAUCUCGCUACCGCCGACGGCCAAUGGUCCAUUGAAGAAAAUGGAGACAAAUUCACAGCGGCCGGAAAUGAAGAAGGAAAAGGGAAGUUAGUCGGCAUCGUUUUCAAUGAUUAUGAAUUGAGCGAACCGUUUGAAAUUGAACCUGACACGCCAUUUACAGUUCCCAUAGACGGUGACCUCUUCCUUCGCUGCCAGGAUGCCUGGGGUUCCCUUGUUGAUAACAAGGGAACCAUCAACGUUCGUGUCUCUCUAAACGAUUCUCCCAUGAAAUAA